CGGCGGAGCUCCCCGCUGCCCGGAUUGUGGGAGAGGGCGCCGCUUGCCCAGAGCCACAGAGAGAUCCACGGAGUGUGUUGGGAUCGGCUGCUGGCUCGUCGCUGCAGCCUGCUGCAAAUGCUCAACCCAUUCUUGUGGAGUGAAACCAAAAAGUACCAUGGCUACCACCAACCCCCUGGAGAACCUGCAGGUGGAGGCCAGCUGCUCCGUCUGCCUGGAGUACCUGAAGGACCCCGUCAUCAUUGACUGCGGCCACAACUUCUGCCGGGUCUGCAUCACCCGCUGGUGGGAGGAGCUGAACCGGGACUUCCCCUGCCCCGUCUGCCGCAAGACCUUCCGCCACCGCACCCUCAAGCCCAACCGGCAGCUGGGCAACAUGGUGGAGAUCGCCAAGCAGCUGCAGGCCACCAAGCGCAAGGUGCGGGACGAGAGCUUGUGCGGGAAGCACAACGAGGUGCUCAACCUCUUCUGCAAGGAGGACCAGGAGGCCGUCUGCCUGGUGUGCGAGAUCUCCCACGACCACCGCUCCCACACCGUGGUGCCCCUGGACGACGCCUCCCUGGAGUACAAGGAGAAGCUGCAGCAGUGUCUGGAACCGCUGGAGCGGAAGCUGCAGGACAUUGCCCACUGCAAAUCCCAGGAGGAGAAGAAACCCGGAGAGCUGAAGAGAAAGGUGGAGAGCCGUCGGCAGCUGAUUGUGAGCGAGUUCGAGGAGCUGCACCAGUUCCUGGAGGAGGAGCAGCAGGUGCUGCUCCGGCGGCUGGAGGAGGAGGAGAAGGAGAUCCUGCAGAAGCUGAAAGACAACGUGGCCCAGCUGUCGGACCAGCGCCUCUCCCUCAACCAGAUCAUCGCAGAGAUCGAGGAGAAGUGCCUGCAGUCGGGCAUUGAGAUGCUCAAGGACAUAAAGAGCACCCUGGAAAGGUGUGAGACGGUGCAGACCAUGGAACUGGCCUCGGUCCCCAUUGAGCUGGAGAAGAAUUUCUGCAGCUUCCCCCGGCAGUACUUUGUCUUGCGCAAGAUCAUCAAGAGACUGAUCGGAGACGUGACCCUGGACCCUGAGACGGCCCACCCCAACCUGGUGCUGUCUGAGGACCGCAAGAGCGUGAAGUUCGUGGACACGCGGCUGCGGGACCUUCCUGACACCCCGCGCCGCUUCACCAUCUACCCCUGCGUCCUGGCGACCGAGGGCUUCACCUCGGGCCGCCACUACUGGGAGGUGGAGGUGGGCGACAAGACGCACUGGGCCCUGGGCGUCUGCAAGGACUCGGUGAGCCGCAAGGGCGAACUCAUGGCCCUGCCCGAGACAGGCUACUGGCGAGUGCGGCUGUGGAACGGUGACAAGUAUGCGGCCACCACCACCCCCUUCACUCCGCUGCACGUCCCCGUCAAGCCCAAGCGGGUGGGCGUCUUCCUGGACUACGAGGCCGGGCGGGUGUCCUUCUACAACGUGACCGACCGCUCCCACAUCUACACCUUCACGGACACCUUCACCGAGAAGAUCUGGCCCCUCUUCUACCCGGGCAUCCGCGCCGGACGCAAGAACGCCGCCCCCCUCGUCAUCCGCACCCCCACGGACUGGGAGUGA